AUGCGCCGCACAUCCAGAGCGAAGCGGCCGCAGAAACCAACCAACGGUAUAACUUCUAAGCCCCAACAACUGGAGACACAAGAACCACCCGAUGGUACUAGCCGAAGUAUGAAUGGUGCAUGUGUCUACUUGGAUUCUGCGCCAUCUGUACUAAGACUGGAUUCCAGAGGGUCUCAGCCCAACUCGCAAGUUAAGGAGAAAGAUGGUUACAAGCCUUGGUAUAAGACUAAAGGCUGGUGUCGGUGA